AUGGAAAGCGAGACAAUGUUGACAACAAUCAAACUCCUGAAUCAAGACUUGAUGCGGUUAGAUCAGUUCGAUAGAACGAACUACACUCGAUGGAAAGACAAAUUGAAGUUUCUUCUCACUGCACUAAAAAUCUUCUACAUCCUAGAUCCAGAAUUGGCGCCACUACUAGAACCAACAAAUGGAGAAACUGAAGCGGUAAGGAAUGAAAGACAAAAGUGCCAAAAAGAUGAGUUAAUAUGCUGCGGUCACAUUCUCAACGCAUUAUCAGAUCGUUUGUAUGACUUGUAUACAAACACAACUUUAGUAAAGGAAAUUUGGGAUGCGCUCGAAAAUAAGUACAAAGCGGAAGAAGAAUAUUGUAGAGACCGAAAAUACAACAACUCCGAGGGUAAAGUAAAUUCCAUCCAACAAGACAAGAUUGUAGCCACCAUGAGCAAAAUAAAUGCAAUUAAGGAAAAAGUUUCCGGCUGGUGGAACUUAGUGAGUGGAAAUCUUUUGGAAAAAUCGGGCAUUAAAAUUGUCUUUGAGUCCGGUAAAUUUGUAUUAUCACUUAACAGAAAAUUGUUAAACUUGGAGAUCAAUGUGAUUAUCGAAUCAAGUGAUGUAGAGUUCUGUGAAGAUCUGUUAUCAUCGGAGAAUGAAUUAAAAGAAAAUAUUGAAAACAUCCCUAGCUCAAGUGGAAUACGUGAUGAAAUGUCUUCUAAUGAUGUUGAUAAGUCUAAUGAACCACGAAGAAGUAAGAGAACUCGAGUUGAGAAGUCUUUGGGACCGGAUGAAAUUGAUUCUUAA